UGGCUGAGUGAGAGACGCGCAGGCGGGCGCAUCGAUGACGGGCACACCGACACACAAACACCCGCCGCUCGGCCCGUUUCCAUGUUCCCGGCUCCAGUCAGCGGACCGCGGGCUGCUUGUGAUCCGAGCUGAGGAUGCGGGAGCAGGCGUGGGCCUCCCGGUUUCCCCGGUGCCUGGUGCUCAUCAUCGCGGCUCUCGCGUCGUGCUCGUCCGCCGACUUGCGGCCGUGCCAAGAGACCGACUACGACUACCAGUACACAGAGUGUGACAGCACGGGGUCACGGUGGAGGGUCGCCAUCCCUCGCAGCCCGAGCUCCUGCUCAGACCUCCCCCCUCCAGCCAGAGGAACGGACUGCUCUUUCUCCUGCCCGGCCGGCAUGUUUUUGGAGAUGGGCGCCCAGCAGUGCACGCCGUGCGCCGCCGGCUCCUAUUCGCUGGGCAGCGGCCUCCGCUUCGACCAAUGGGACGCCGUCCCCGCGGGCUUCAGCAGCCUGGCCAGCUUCCUGGACUCCGGGCCCAACGGGGAGGACAUCCAGGCGUGUAACAGCUCGUCAUGGACCCCGCAGGGCGUUUAUCUGGAGUCGAACCGCGACGAGUGCACAGUGUCCUUGGUUUACGCCGUCCACCUGGAGAAGAAGGGCUCGGUCUCCUUCACCUACCAGUACCCCGACAACAACAUCUUCUUUGAGUUCUACGUGCAGAACGAGCAGUGUCAGGAGAUGGCUCAGACCGACGACCAGAAGUGGAUCAAAGUCACCAACACCGGCGAGUGGGACACGCACACAGUGAACCUGAAGUCCGGCACGAACAUCCUUUACUGGAGAACCACCGGCAUCCUGGUGGGGGGGAAGAUGGUCAAACCGGUGCUGCUCAAGAACAUCCAAAUAGAGGGUGUCGCCUACACGUCGGAGUGCUUCCUGUGUCGGCCCGGCUGGUUCAGCUCGGCCCCCGGCUCCUCGUCCUGCCGGCCGUGUCCCGCCAACACUUUCUCCACCAAGGGGGCGUCCGCCUGCACAAGCUGCCCCGAGCGCCAAUACUCACACGAGGGAUGGGGGGAGUGCAAAAGGAGGCCCCCGUGCUCGGAGAAGGAUUAUUUCCAGAUCCACACGGCCUGUGACGGCGAAGGGAAGACGCAGGUGUUGUAUCGCUGGGUGGAGCCUAAAAUCUGUGUGGAGAACGUGACUGGUGCCGUGGAGCUGCCUACGGAGGUGCAGAGGAAGCCGUGCCCCCCCUGCAACCCCGGCUACUACAACAGCAACAGCAACGACUGUCUGCCCUGCCCCCCCGGAACCUACUCAGACGGCACCUACGUGUGCACGGAGUGCCCUGCAGGUACAGAACCCGUGUUGGGUUACGAGUAUAAAUGGUGGAACGUGCUCCCCUCCAACAUGAAGACUUCAUGCUUCAACGUGGGCAACUCCAAAUGUGACGACAUGAGUGGUCUGAUGUGUGGUCCACCAGGAUGGGCCGUAGCAGGAGACCACAUCCGCAGCGCGGCAGGCAGUUCGGACAACGACUACCUCAUCCUCAGCCUGCACGUGCCCGGCUUCAAGGUGCCGGCCUCCCUCUCCGGCAUGACGGGCGCUGACUAUGGCUGGAUCACCUUUGUGUUCGAGACCAUCUGCUCUGGAGACUGCGAGCUCUACUUCAUGAUGGAUGUGAACAUGAAGAGCACCACGGUGGUGGAGUCCUGGGAAGGCAGCAAGGAGAAGCAGUCGUACUCACACAGCAUGUCCAGGAACGCCUCGGUGACGUUCACGUGGGCCUUCCAGAGGACCAACCACGCGCUGGACGUGCGUCGCUACGUCAGCGACGCGGUGAAGCUGUACUCCAUCAGCGUGACGAACGUCCUGGAUGGCGUCGCGUCGGCGUGCCGGGCCUGCGCUCUGGUGCCUCAGAACUCGCAGCGGGCCGGCUCCUCCUGCGUCCCCUGCCCGGCUGGUUUUUAUAUCGACACGGGGACCAACCGGUGCCAGGAGUGUCCACCCAACACGCACCUGGCAGGGCACCACACCUACGGCCAGGACGCAUGCGUGGCCUGUGGGCUGGGGAGUAUCAGCAACAAGGAACACUCCCGUUGCUACAGCGACUGCUCCUUCUCGCACACAGAGAACAACCGCACACUGACCUUUGACCUCAGCCCCAUGAGCGACGUGGCCUCGCUGAUCAUCGGCCCGAGUUUCACCUCUAAGGGAACCAAGUACCUUCACCUGUUCAACAUCAGCCUGUGUGGCCACGAGGGGAGGAGAGCCGCCGUCUGCACGGACAACGUCACCGACGCGUCCAGCAAGGACGACCAGAGCGACGCGGCUCAGCUGGUCAGCUCGGUGGACAGCUUCGUCUGCCAAUCCACCAUCAUCCCGGCGGACGGGCGGGGCUUCAGGAUGGCCAUCUCCUCCCAGUCCAUCAGCCUGGCGGACGCGUUUGUCGGGGCGACGGUGGACUCGGUGCUGGACUGGGUGGACGCUAAACCGGAUCUUUUUCCGGCGAAGGCGAGGGACGUCCCAGACAUCAACUUCUUCUACAGGUCAACGCAGGCGACGGCCUCGUGUGACCACGGCCGCAGUUCGGUCAUCACCGUCCGCUGCAACCCGGAGAAGUCCGACCGCGGAGAGCUGUCUGUCCCCAGCUCCUGUCCCGCGGGGACAUGUGACGGCUGCACGUUUCACUUCCUGUGGGAGAGCGCCAGCGGCUGUCCUCGCUGCGCCGAGGACGACUACCACCCCAUAGAGGGCGCGUGCAAGGGAGGCGUCCAGGAAACCCUGUACGUGUGGAACGAGCCGAAGGUGUGCACCAAGGGCGUCUCGCUGCCUCCCAGGAGCUCCUCCCCGUGCGAGGCCAUCGCUCUGUGGCUGAAGGUCGGGGUCGGGGGCGGAGCCUUCGUCGCCGUGCUCCUCAUCGCUCUCACCUGCUACUUCUGGAAGAAAAACAAGAGACUGGAGUACAAGUACUCCCGUCUGGUGAUGUCCGCCAACAAGGAGUGCGAGCUGCCGGCGGCGGACAGCUGCGCUCUGGCCGAAGGGGAGGAGCCCGACGACGACGUGGUCUACGCCCAGAAGAAGCCGUCCCUGCUGGGGAAGCUCCGGGCCAUCGCUCACAAGCACGAGCGCGGAGAGAGCUGCGAGUCCGUGCAGCUGAACUCGUCGCAGUGCGACCGGUGGGUUUUGGGGUGAACGGACGCCGACGGCGAGGGAGGAGAAGAAUGACGGAGGAGUCGCCAGUCAGUGAUGUCGCUCCCCUUCUCCCCGCCGCCC